AUGGGGUUGACGAGGGCUGUGAUUCCGUCUUCCCCUAGCAUCUCUCCUGGAGGUAUGUCGUUGUGGCUCCAGAUCCGCCAUGGGAGGUAUGUCGUUGUGGCUCCAGAUCCGCCAUGGGAGGGACAGAAGAAUGUGGUUGAGAGUAUAAUCACAAAAGAAGCUUCUAUGAUUGUCACUGCCGAAGAGGGAAAUGGACCUAAACGAAGGACUAGACGCAUGGUUAUGAUGAUGCCGACGGAGAUUCAGGUUUGGGUUACUGCAAUUUUUCCACAAAACAUUAUCACAUGUUCAGGAGACACAACUUAUGAUGAAGACAGAAAUUCUAAGAGAAGGGCAAUACUGUUGGGAGUAGGAGCAUUAGCUUUGAGUUCAUGCCCUGCAAGUUCACUCAUUGCUGAAGAAAUACCACGAAACUAUGAAGCUUUUGUCGACAAAUCCGAUGGCUAUUCAUACUAUUACCCCUCAGAUUGGAGGGAAUUUGAUUUCAGAGGGCACGAUUCUGCAUUCAAAGACCGGUAUCUGCAAUUACAAAAUGUUCGGGUGAGCUUUAUUCCAACUGACAAGAGAGAUAUCCAUGAUUUAGGCCCUAUGGAAGAGGUUGUUUCCAAUUUGGUUAGACGUGUUUACUCAGCACCGACUCAAAUGGCAAAUGUAUUUGACAUGCAAGAGCGAACAAUUGAUGGGAAAAACUAUUAUACCUUUGAGUAUGCACUUACAUCUCCAAACUUUUCUCGAGCAGCUUUUGCAACCAUAGCAAUUGGAAAUGGGAGAUACUACACGCUAAUCGUGGGAGCAAAUGAGAGACGGUGGAGACGAGUGAGAAACCAGCUCAAAGUGGUGGCAGACUCUUUCAAAGUGCUCGACAUCUGAAAUGGACAUAUUAUGGAGUUGCAGAAUCAGAAUAUUUUAUCGGAAGGGAAUGUUUUUUUUUUUAUUAAUUCUUUUCUCAGAGAUGAACAGCUAUUGAAGAAGUGUGUACAUGUCCAUGGCUAGUCCUUGUUAAACCCUUACAUAUUUUAGCAGCUAAUAUAUACAUAUUUUCAAUUGCUUGAUGGAUCUAAAA